GCGACUGCCAGCGCACGCAAGCUUAUGACCGAGGCUAGGCUGCGCGCGGACCGGGCGACGCUCAAGGAGCGGCUAAAGGCGGCGACGGACGAGAACGAGCUCUUGCGCUUGCGCUGCCAGCAAGAGAAGGACCACUUCUCGCGCGAGUACGCCCAAGUAGAAGCCCGCUUGCGCAUCGCCAACACGACGCUCGAGCGCAGUCGCAAGCACGUCGAGGCGACGAUCCUCGAGCGCGACGUCAAGAUUGACCAGCUGCAGAAGCACUUGGACCUCCAGCAGCAGCUCAUCGAGUCGUACCGGAAGCAGUCGUCGACGAUGUACAGCACGAUCAUUGAAAAUGGUACCGACGCGCUCAAGAAGAGCAUGCGAAGCUCGUUUUCUCGGUCCACGCACGCGACCAACAACCAGACGGACGACGACGAGACAAGCAGCGUCCACGCACGCAACGACCGCGACAGCGAUGCGCGCAUCCAUGCGCUCGAGCAGCAAGUCACCAAGCUCUUUGGGCAACUCGAGGACGAGCGCGCGGAGGCCGAUGCGAUAGCGGCGCACGUCGACCAGCAGAAAGCUGUCAACGUCAAACUAUUGAAGACGAUCAAGACGCUCAAGCGCAAGCUCGAUGAGAGCAGUGAAAGAAGCAGCAUGGAGCAGAUGCUGACGGACCUCCAAGGCCGCUUCCGCAAGGUGUCGCUCGAGCAAGAAUCCAUGUCGGCCGCGCUGCAAGAAGCCAACGACAAGCUCGCUCGCGCCAGCGACGAGAUUGCAACGCUGCAGUCAGACCUGGCGGCCAAGGCAGCCCAGCUCGGUGAGGCGUCGGCGACGCUUACGGCCCGCGACAGCGAGGUCCAAAGUCUUUUGCAAAAGAUUGGCAAGCAAGACCACUACAUUGCCGACCUCGAAGCCGACUACAAGACACUUGGAACGCCCGGUCUCGCCCACGUCCAGACGUCUGCGGUGCAGCAGCUGCAGCAGCAAGUGGGACGGAAGAACGAAGAGCUUGCCGCGCUCGAGCUCCGCAUCAAGCAGCUCGAGCGCGAAAAGGCGCUGACAGACACGAGGAUACCACCAACGAUUGGCGACGACAACGGCGACGCGACGUUGCGCCUCUCACUCACUGACCUCGACCAGCUGUACACGCAGGCGCUGCGGGUCGAGCACAAGGCACAGGUGAUCGCAUCGAUGGUGGCCUCGUUCGACGACGGCGGCGACCUCAACGCGCUCCUGCACACACUCGACGACCCCGUCGAGUCGCCGAUGCUCACGAGCAUUCCAGAGGGCAAGCAGCAGCUGCUCAUGUCCCUCCUAGCAGCGCAGUCGACGCUCGACAACAUGUCGGACACGUUUGCUUGUACAUAUGCCAAGAACCUUGGUGCGAGGUGCGCCAUGCAAUAAGAUCCUAUUUUCGAAUUUUGACAUUUUGCUUCGAUAACUUG